AUGUCGAGAUAUUCCAGACCGCCGAACAGCUCACUCUACGUAAGAAACUUACAUCACGAGACAAGGUUAGACCAGUUGAAGCAUUUGUAAGUUGUUUUUUCCCGAUUUUUAUCUAAUUUGCGACCUGAACUCUCUUGUCAGACCCGAAGAUCUUAGACGCCUGUUCGCCAAAUAUGGCCGAAUUACCGACGUGUACAUUCCGUUGGACUACUACACAAGAGAAUCCCGAGGCUUUGCUUAUGUACAAUAUCCUUUUUGUUUCUUAAGAGCUUUAUUUUGUAUGUGGUUUCUUUUAGUCUGUGUUUGUAAAGGUUUGGCACUAAAGUGAUUUUGUUGUCCUUUGAUAACCAGGGCAAAAGAGUUUGUAAAAGAGCUAAAGUAACAAGAAAACGUGAGGCAAAUCGUUAAAGAUUUUAAAGCCCAAGCUAGUCCAACGUGGAAACGAAUGUUAAAGGCGCAAGUAGAAAGAAACGAAAGUUCGUAAAGGCAGAGCUUCACUAAAAAGAUACGAAUGCUCAUAAAGGAAAGGCGUCGAUUAAAGAUUUGAAGUGUCAAGCUGCUUACGUAAAUACAGAGUGGCGGUAAAGGUUCUCGGGGAAAUAGUCGAAAGUGCGAGUAAUACAGUCAUGAUCACGGCAAAAGAAAAAGAAAGAAUCAAGUGUGUAGAGAUUAGUGGGAUCGGUUCUUCAAAGAUUAAAGGGAUAAUGUAAGUACAAAGCUUAUAUCAUGAAAAAGCCGCCCUGCUCUAACGAACCGCUUAAUUCGUGGUGAGCCGUGAGUUUACAUUUUUAUUUAAUUCUUUAAAGAAAAAAGGUAAAAUGGUGCUCAAUUUCGAAAGCAAAAAUGCUUUAAUUUGGUGCAUUUAUAACCUGAAGCAACUUGUGAGUACUGUAAAUCCUCUGUUAAGCCACCCAAGGGGCUUCCUUAUUCCAAACACAUUUGGCGGGGGGGGGGGGGGCCUAAUGGCGACUGGGGACUUAUUUAAUUUAGCAAAGACAAUGGUAAAAGCCCAAGUACAAGAAGCUGGAGGACUUGCAGCCAAGGAUGAAAGACAAAUCUGAAUUUCCAGUUGGUGAAUAAACCAUCCUAGGUCAGUCCAAGGGAAGUUUUACAGUUGUGAUUGAUUAAUUCAGUCUAUCAUUUAUUAGUGAAGAAUAAAAAGGUGGAGGGGAGGGGGCUUAUUAGAGGAUUUACAGUAAUUUUUUUUUUUUUCUAAAAUAGUUUCAUGCUACGAAUCGCAGCAUUUCAUUUUCACGUAUGCACAUUUUUUAACUAAGUUGAAAAAAUUUUGUCUAACAAGGAAAUUAUAGGUAUAAAUAGAUCCCCCACAACUUCACAAUAUCCUGUGGACAAGGAAAAGUGUUUAGGGCUGAGGCAGGGAAGGGGGGUUGAAAUAUCUCUAUUCUAAGUGGGCAACAACAGUCAAUAAAUGAGACAUUACAGUUGGUUUGCUAACUCCUCUAGGAAAUCUUGGUAAAAGUCUGCCAUUGAGAUGCAUGGUUCAUAUCAAGGCAAGUUUUAAAGAAAAGCUUUCAAAGAAAACAUCAAAAGAGCGUGAUACCUAAAGUUUGGCAAGUUGUAUCAAGCUACAAGCCGUAUCAAGCUAAAAGUCUGCCAGCCAAUUGCACAGUCAAGACAAGUUUCAAAGAAAGGUUAUCAAAGCAAACCUCUUAAAGUAAUGUGAAACCAAAAUUUGGCCCUUCAUACCCAUGUAGAGUUCAUAUCAAGCCUCCAAGUUGUACCAAGCUAAUUCCAAAGCCAGUUAAACCUUCUCAAGUCAAGACAAGUUUCAAAGAAAAGUUGUGAAAGCAAACCUCAAAAGUGCAAAAUACCCAAAAUUCGACCAGCCACAGAAAAAGUCAAAGUUAUGUUCAAGGUAGAGGUUAUACAAGCUAAAUCUAACACUAAACAGCAGUCAAGGCAAGGACAAGGGUCAAAGAAAAGCAUCCAAGCAAACAGUAAAAGAAUGUGAAGUCAGUAGCUGUAACUGUAUCACAGUUUGUUUCAAUGUAACCAGGUAUACCAAACUCUUAUACCUAUCACAAAAGUAGGGAUGAAAAAAGGCUUUUCUAUAGACUGUAAUAUAAUAGCAUCAUUCUCAGGACAAGAGAAGUUUUAAACAAAAUUGAAAGGUGGCAUUUCAGCUCACUUCAACAUUGAGAAUGGUGAUACCGUCAUCAAUUCUGCAGUGUUAUAUUAAUUUUGUGGUGUAAAUAUAGAAGAUGCAAAUCAAUGUGUUUCCACAGAAUUUUGUGUAAAAGAAUUAAUUUUGCCAGGAUAUCAAGGUCAUUAUUCAAUUAAAAGUGAGAGUGUUAACGUAAACUAAAAGGUUGUGCUUGUACAUUGACAAGGUGAUCGAUCUUUGGCAGUUUUGAAGAUGUCCCAAAAAGGAAGUCAAUAAAAUAAACUCCUAAUUACCUGAAUGAGGUGAUACAGCAGGGGCAUCAACCAUCAAAAGAUUUUGUCAGCAGGGUAAGCAAUUAUCAAGCUUUUGUUCCAGGCAAAGCUUGGUGUAGGAAAGUCAAGCCUUAACAUACCAUAAAUUUGAAGAUAUCCGUGAUGCUGAGGAUGCGCAUUACUACUUGAACAGAGUUAUGCUUCAUGGAAGAGAACUAGAAGUUCAGUUUGCAGAGGGAGACAGAAAAAGUAAGGCAAAAGAAUAAAACAUGCAGAUUGAAAAUAAUGUGCGCUAACUAUUUACAGUGUACCACACACAUUUUCUGAUGUUGAAAAUAAUGAUCACUCAACAUGAACCUUUUUCUUCCUCUCAGCACCAGCACAGAUGCGUGGCAAGGAAAAGAGAGAAGCGUAUGGUUACGGCAGUAGCGGUAGGAGAGAUUACUAUGAUGAAGGCAAUAGGUAUGUUCUGAUUCAGGGCUUGAUAGACCAAUUUUUGACAUGUUAAAAUUAAGUUAGAAUUAUUUCUUAUUUUUUGCAGUCGUCGCUCCCGUAGUCGCAGUCCCAGGUAAGGUGGACAAUAAUUUAUUAAUUUAUUUAAGAAUUAUCCUUUAUUGUUCAUGUGAAUUGUUUUCUAGCCAUGUGCACAAUACAUUUCAGCCUGACUUAAAAAAACCUGUUUCAUUGGGCUGAUAAGGUUCAAUUUGCUCCACUGUUACUGCCAAAAAUGAUUCAAAAAAAGAUUGUUAUACAGUCAAACCAGGUCAAGCAUACCCCCAAGAUCCUAUUAAUGAAUAUAUUAUUUCAAAAGUUGAAUCCGUUAGUUUUGCCGCAAACAAUAUCAAAUUCAAAUCUCGAAAAUGAAGGAAAUCCUUCAUGCAUAAUGAGCUGUUAAUUUUUUACGAUAACCUCUCUGUAUUCGGCCAGAAUGAAACAUCUUUGUGUGGAUAAAAUUGCUUUGAAUAGAGUUCAUCAAAUUCAAGAAAACUGAGCUGGUAGAAAUGUCAUGAGUACUUCGCAUGUGAAUUCACUGCUCAUUACGCAUGAAGUACUUGUAUAUCUCAAAACGGUUUGUAUUUCAGUAACACUUCUAAAAUCUCUCCUGUGAAAAUACUAAGACCUUCAAAUCGUCCGUUAAGGUUUGCUGAAGGCAAGAAUCGGUGUAGCUUCCUAGAUACUGGAACACCUUGCAGGUCAUUCUUGGAAAACUAACCUAUAUAUAUGGUAGGACUUCUGCAUAAGAGGCUAAUCUAUGCAAUUUUUUAUUUUUUAAGACGCCGACGCCGCCGUUCGCACUCACGAUCAAAGUCACGUUCCCCCAAGCGCCGAGAACGCAGCAGCCGAGGUGAACGAAGCCGUGAUAGUCAUCGUGAGAGCCGGAGAGAACGAGAACGAGAGCGUUCACGAUCACGUUCGCGGUCACGCUCGCCAUCCCCCGCACGGUCACGAUCUGCUUCACGGUCACGUUCUGCAUCGCCAGCCGCCGCCGCUGCUGAGUACAGUGAUAAAGAAGAAGAGCAGGCAAUACAGAGCCGCUCACCAAGCCCUAACUAGAUUUAAAACACUGUCAAUAACUGCAGUAGUUCUUUUCAAGAAUAAGAUAUUGUGGAACUUGCAUGUGUAGUACAUUAGAGACGUUUAGAUUCUAAGACGAGUACGACUGAGAUUACGAGAUUUCUCAAUACUAAGUAGUGCUUACGCGUGAACCAGCGUCGUUUGGGCGGGAACACGUGAUAGCCAUCGUCAUUCUACUACGAGUUUUAGCAAGAAUGUCGUCGUGGCGGGAACAAGUUAUUAAAUGUUAGAAGUUUUGUAAUUGCAUGUGCGCUUGGGGGAUGGCUUAACCUCCUUCAAUAGAGAUAACAGUGCCAACUUUUCUGGUGAAAUCAGUGCAUCAA